AUGAAGUGUGGCCGGGAGGAGGAGGCACACCAAGGAGGAGGAGGCGACACCAGGGGAGAGGAGUCAAAACCAAGGAGGAGGAGGCGACACCAGGGGAGAGGAGUCAAAACCAAGGAGGAGGAGGCGACACCAGGGGAGAGGAGUCAAAACCAAGGAGGAGGAGGCGACACCAGGGGAGAGGAGUCAAAACCAAGGAGGAGGAGGCGACACCAGGGGAGAGGAGUCAAAACCAAGGAGGAGGAGGCGACACCAGGGGAGAGGAGUCAAAACCAAGGAGGAGGAGGCGACACCAGGGGAGAGGAGUCAAAACCAAGGAGGAGGAGGCGACACCAGGGGAGAGGAGUCAAAACCAAGGAGGAGGAGGCGACACGAGGGGAGAGGAGUCAAAACCAAGGAGGAGGAGGCGACACCAGGGGAGAGGAGUCAAAACCAAGGAGGAGGAGGCGACACCAGGGGAGAGGAGUCAAAACCAAGGAGGAGGAGGCGACACCAGGGGAGAGGAGUCAAAACCAAGGAGGAGGAGGCGACACGAGGGGAGAGGAGUCAAAACCAAGGAGGAGGAGGCGACACCGGGGGAGAGGAGUCAAAACCAAGGUGGAGGAGGCGACACCAGGGGAGAGGAGUCAAAACCAAGGAGGAGGAGGCGACACCAGGGGAGUGGAGUCAAAACCAAGGAGGAGGAGGCGACACCAGGGGAGAGGAGUCAAAACCAAGGAGGAGGAGGCAACACCAGGGGAGAGGAGUCAAAACCAAGGAGGAGGAGGCGACACCAGGGGAGAGGAGUCAAAACCAAGGAGGAGGAGGCGACACCAGGGGAGAGGAGUCAAAACCAAGGAGGAGGAGGCGACACCAGGGGAGAAGAGUCAAAACCAAGGAGGAGGAGGCGACACCAGGGGAGAGGAGUCAAAACCAAGGAGGAGGAGGGGACACCAGGGGAGAGGAGUCAAAACCAAGGAGGAGGAGGUGACACCAGGGGAGAGGAGUCAAAACCAAGGAGGAGGAGGCGACACCAGGGGAGAGGAGUCAAAACCAAGGAGGAGGAGGCAACACCAGGGGAGAGGAGUCAAAACCAAGGAGGACGAGGCGACACCAGGGGAGAGGAAUCAAAACCAAGGAGGAGGAGGCGACACCAGGGGAGAGGAGUCAAAACCAAGGAGGAGGAGGCGACACCAAGGGAGAGGAGUCAAAACCAAGGAGAAGGAGGCGACACGAGGAGAGAGGAGUCAAAACCAAGGAGGAGGAGGCGACACCAGGGGAGAGGAGUCAAAACCAAGGAGGAGGAGGCGACACCAGGGGAGAGGCGUCAAAACCAAGGAGGAGGAGGCGACACAGGGGAGAGGAGUCAAAACCAAGGAGGAGGAGGCGACAGCAGGAGAGAGGAGUCAAAACCAAGGAGGAGGAGGCGACACCAGGGGAGAGGAGUCAAAACCAAGGAGGAGGAGGCAACACCAGGGGAGAGGAGUCAAAACCAAGGAGGAGGAGGCGACACCAGGGGAGAGGAGUCAAAACCAAGGAGGAGGAGGCGACACCAGGGGAGAGGAGUCAAAACCAAGGAGGAGGAGGCGACACCGGGGGAGAGGAGUCAAAACCAAGGUGGAGGAGGCGACACCAGGGGAGAGGAGUCAAAACCAAGGAGGAGGAGGCGACACCAGGGGAGAGGAGUCAAAACCAAGGAGGAGGAGGCGACACCAGGGGAGAGGAGUCAAAACCAAGGAGGAGGAGGCAACACCAGGGGAGAGGAGUCAAAACCAAGGAGGAGGAGGCGACACCAGGGGAGAGGAGUCAAAACCAAGGAGGAGGAGGCGACACCAGGGGAGAGGAGUCAAAACCAAGGAGGAGGAGGCGACACCAGGGGAGAAGAGUCAAAACCAAGGAGGAGGAGGCGACACCAGGGGAGAGGAGUCAAAACCAAGGAGGAGGAGGCGACACGAGGGGAGAGGAGUCAAAACCAAGGAGGAGGAGGCGACACCGGGGGAGAGGAGUCAAAACCAAGGUGGAGGAGGCGACACCAGGGGAGAGGAGUCAAAACCAAGGAGGAAGAGGCGACACCAGGGGAGAGGAGUCAAAACCAAGGAGGAGGAGGCGACACCAGGGGAGAGGAGUCAAAACCAAGCAGGAGGAGGCAACACCAGGGGAGAGGAGUCAAAACCAAGGAGGAGGAGGCGACACCAGGGGAGAGGAGUCAAAACCAAGGAGGAGGAGGCGACACCAGGGGAGAGGAGUCAAAACCAAGGAGGAGGAGGCGACACCAGGGGAGAAGAGUCAAAACCACGGAGGAGGAGGCGACACCAGGGGAGAGGAGUCAAAACCAAGGAGGAGGAGGGGACACCAGGGGAGAGGAGUCAAAACCAAGGAGGAGGAGGCGACACCAGGGGAGAGGAGUCAAAACCAAGGAGGAGGAGGCGACACCAGGGGAGAGAAGUCAAAACCAAGGAGGAGGAGGCAACACCAGGGGAGAGGAGUCAAAACCAAGGAGGAGGAGGCGACACCAGGGGAGAGGAGUCAAAACCAAGGAGGAGGAGGCGACAACAGGGGAGAGGAGUCAAAACCAAGGAGGAGGAGGCGACACCAGGGGAGAGGAGUCAAAACCAAGGAGAAGGAGGCGACACCAGGGGAGAGGAGUCAAAACCAAGGAGGAGGAGGCGACACCAGGGGAGAGGAGUCAAAAACAAGGAGGAGGAGGCGACAGCAGGGGAGAGGAGUCAAAACCAAGGAGGAGGAGGCGACACCAGGGGAGAGGAGUCAAAACCAAGGAGGAGGAGGCGACACCAGGGGAGAGGAGUCAAAACCAAGGAGGAGGAGGCGACACCAGGGGAGAGGAGUCAAAACCAAGGAGAAGGAGGCGACACGAGGAGAGAGGAGUCAAAACCAAGGAGGAGGAGGCGACACCAGGGGAGAGGAGUCAAAACCAAGGAGGAGGAGGCGACACCAGGGGAGAGGCGUCAAAACCAAGGAGGAGGAGGCGACACAGGGGAGAGGAGUCAAAACCAAGGAGGAGGAGGCGACAGCAGGAGAGAGGAGUCAAAACCAAGGAGGAGGAGGCGACACCAGGGGAGAGGAGUCAAAACCAAGGAGGAGGAGGCGACAGCAGGGGAGAGGAGUCAAAACCAAGGAGGAGGAGGCAACACCAGGGGAGAGGAGUCAAAACCAAGGAGGAGGAGGCGACACCAGGGGAGAGGAGUCAAAACCAAGGAGGAGGAGGCGACACCAGGAGAGAGGAGUCAAAACCAAGGAGGAGGAGGCGACACCAGGGGAGAGGAGUCAAAACCAAGGAGGAGGAGGCGACACGAGGGGAGAGGAGUCAAAACCAAGGAGGAGGAGGCGACACCAGGGGAGAGGGGUCAAAACCAAGGAGGAGGAGGCGACACCAGGGGAGAGGAGUCAAAACCAAGGAGGAGGAGGCGACACCAGGGGAGAGGAGUCAAAACCAAGGAGGAGGAGGCGACACGAGGGGAGAGGAGUCAAAACCAAGGAGGAGGAGGCGACACCAGGGGAGAGGAGUCAAAACCAAGGAGGAGGAGGCGACACCAGGGGAGAGGAGUCAAAACCAAGGAGGAGGAGGCGACACCAAGGGAGAGGAGUCAAAACCAAGGAGGAGGCGACACCAGGGGAGAGGAGUCAAAACCAAGGAGGAGGAGGCGACACCAGGGGAGAGGAGUCAAAACCAAGGAGGAGGAGGCGACAUCAGGGGAGAGGAGUCAAAACCAAGGAGGAGGAGGCGACACCAGGGGAGAGGAGUCAAAACCAAGGAGGAGGAGGCGACACCAGGGGAGAGGAGUCAAAACCAAGGAGGAGGAGGCGACACCAGGGGAGAGGAGUCAAAACCAAGGAGGAGGAGGCGACACCAGGGGAGAGGAGUCAAAACCAAGGAGGAGGAGGCGACACCAGGGGAGAGGAGUCAAAACCAAGGAGGAGGAGGCGACACCAGGGGAGAGGAGUCAAAACCAAGGAGGAGGAGGCGACACCAGGGGAGAGGAGUCAAAACCAAGGAGGAGGAGGCAACACCAGGGGAGAGGAGUCAAAACCAAGGAGGAGGAGGCGACACCAGGGGAGAGGAGUCAAAACCAAGGAGGAGGAGGCGACACCAGGGGAGAGGAGUCAAAACCAAGGAGGAGGAGGCGACAUCAGGGGAGAGGAGUCAAAACCAAGGAGGAGGAGGCGACACCAGGGGAGAGGAGUCAAAACCAAGGAGGAGGAGGCGACACCAGGGGAGAGGAGUCAAAACCAAGGAGGAGGAGGCGACACCAGGGGAGAGGAGUCAAAACCAAGGAGGAGGAGGCGACACCAGGGGAGAGGAGUCAAAACCAAGGAGGAGGAGGCGACACCAGGGGAGAGGAGUCAAAACCAAGGAGGAGGAGGCGACACCAGGGGAGAGGAGUCAAAACCAAGGAGGAGGAGGCGACACCAGGGGAGAGGAGUCAAAACCAAGGAGGAGGAGGCGACACCAGGGGAGAGGAGGUCAAAACCAAGGAGGAGGAGGCGACACCAGGGGAGAGGAGUCAAAACCAAGGAGGAGGAGGCGACACCAGGGGAGAGGAGUCAAAACCAAGGAGGAGGAGGCAACACCAGGGGAGAGGAGUCAAAACCAAGGAGGAGGAGGCGACACCAGGGGAGAGGAGUCAAAACCAAGGAGGAGGAGGCGACACCAGGGGAGAGGAGUCAAAACCAAGGAGGAGGAGGCGACACCAGGGGAGAAGAGUCAAAACCACGGAGGAGGAGGCGACACCAGGGGAGAGGAGUCAAAACCAAGGAGGAGGAGGGGACACCAGGGGAGAGGAGUCAAAACCAAGGAGGAGGAGGCGACACCAGGGGAGAGGAGUCAAAACCAAGGAGGAGGAGGCGACACCAGGGGAGAGGAGUCAAAACCAAGGAGGAGGAGGCAACACCAGGGGAGAGGAGUCAAAACCAAGGAGGAGGAGGCGACACCAGGGGAGAGGAGUCAAAACCAAGGAGGAGGAGGCGACAACAGGGGAGAGGAGUCAAAACCAAGGAGGAGGAGGCGACACCAGGGGAGAGGAGUCAAAACCAAGGAGAAGGAGGCGACACCAGGGGAGAGGAGUCAAAACCAAGGAGGAGGAGGCGACACCAGGGGAGAGGAGUCAAAAACAAGGAGGAGGAGGCGACAGCAGGGGAGAGGAGUCAAAACCAAGGAGGAGGAGGCGACACCAGGGGAGAGGAGUCAAAACCAAGGAGGAGGAGGCGACACCAGGGGAGAGGAGUCAAAACCAAGGAGGAGGAGGCGACACCAGGGGAGAGGAGUCAAAACCAAGGAGAAGGAGGCGACACGAGGAGAGAGGAGUCAAAACCAAGGAGGAGGAGGCGACACCAGGGGAGAGGAGUCAAAACCAAGGAGGAGGAGGCGACACCAGGGGAGAGGCGUCAAAACCAAGGAGGAGGAGGCGACACAGGGGAGAGGAGUCAAAACCAAGGAGGAGGAGGCGACAGCAGGAGAGAGGAGUCAAAACCAAGGAGGAGGAGGCGACACCAGGGGAGAGGAGUCAAAACCAAGGAGGAGGAGGCGACAGCAGGGGAGAGGAGUCAAAACCAAGGAGGAGGAGGCAACACCAGGGGAGAGGAGUCAAAACCAAGGAGGAGGAGGCGACACCAGGGGAGAGGAGUCAAAACCAAGGAGGAGGAGGCGACACCAGGAGAGAGGAGUCAAAACCAAGGAGGAGGAGGCGACACCAGGGGAGAGGAGUCAAAACCAAGGAGGAGGAGGCGACACGAGGGGAGAGGAGUCAAAACCAAGGAGGAGGAGGCGACACCAGGGGAGAGGGGUCAAAACCAAGGAGGAGGAGGCGACACCAGGGGAGAGGAGUCAAAACCAAGGAGGAGGAGGCGACACCAGGGGAGAGGAGUCAAAACCAAGGAGGAGGAGGCGACACGAGGGGAGAGGAGUCAAAACCAAGGAGGAGGAGGCGACACCAGGGGAGAGGAGUCAAAACCAAGGAGGAGGAGGCGACACCAGGGGAGAGGAGUCAAAACCAAGGAGGAGGAGGCGACACCAAGGGAGAGGAGUCAAAACCAAGGAGGAGGCGACACCAGGGGAGAGGAGUCAAAACCAAGGAGGAGGAGGCGACACCAGGGGAGAGGAGUCAAAACCAAGGAGGAGGAGGCGACAUCAGGGGAGAGGAGUCAAAACCAAGGAGGAGGAGGCGACACCAGGGGAGAGGAGUCAAAACCAAGGAGGAGGAGGCGACACCAGGGGAGAGGAGUCAAAACCAAGGAGGAGGAGGCGACACCAGGGGAGAGGAGUCAAAACCAAGGAGGAGGAGGCGACACCAGGGGAGAGGAGUCAAAACCAAGGAGGAGGAGGCGACACCAGGGGAGAGGAGUCAAAACCAAGGAGGAGGAGGCGACACCAGGGGAGAGGAGUCAAAACCAAGGAGGAGGAGGCGACACCAGGGGAGAGGAGUCAAAACCAAGGAGGAGGAGGCAACACCAGGGGAGAGGAGUCAAAACCAAGGAGGAGGAGGCGACACCAGGGGAGAGGAGUCAAAACCAAGGAGGAGGAGGCGACACCAGGGGAGAGGAGUCAAAACCAAGGAGGACGAGGCGACACCAGGGGAGAGGAAUCAAAACCAAGGAGGAGGAGGCGACACCAGGGGAGAGGAGUCAAAACCAAGGAGGAGGAGACAACACCAAGGGGGGCCGUCCAUGAGGCUUGGCGCUGCUGCCCUGCUGCCCGCCCUCCUGCUACCCUCCUCAGCGCUCCGCUCGCCUGCUGCUCGCCUGCUGCUCGCCUGCUGCUCGCCUGCUGCUCGCCUGCUGCUCGCCUGCUUCUCGCCUGCUGCUCGCCUGCUUCUCGCCUGA